UUUUUUUUUUUUUUUUUUUUUUUUUUUUAUGGUUUAGCAGCCAGAGGUGCUGUGCUAAAUUCUUGGAAGGGGCCCGGAUGUACUGAGGAUGCAUUGCAAUUUCACUAAAGGAGGCAGUAGUGGAAAGGAUCCGUUUUUGGUGUUUGAUGCAAUAAUGGGAAUCAGGUAAUAUAAUACAAGGGGAAAUACUGCAGCUCCUUUUUUACCUCGCAUUUUCCCGAGCCGAUCUUUGGAGGGAUUUAAUCCGGACUCCUUUUAAAUGGUCAAUGAAAACAAGAGGAUGUACAUUCCGGAGGAAAACCAUCAAGGUUCCAACUAUGGGAGUCCCCGUCCAGCUCAUGCCAACAUGAAUGCCAAUGCAGCUGCAGGGCUUGCCCCAGAGCAUAUCCCUACUCCAGGGGCAGCUCUGUCCUGGCAGGCUGCUAUCGAUGCUGCCAGACAGGCCAAAUUGAUGGGUAGUGCUGGCAAUGCAACAAUAUCCACAGCUAGCUCCACACAGAGGAAACGGCAGCAGUAUGGGAAACAGAAAAAACAGGGUACUACCACAGCUACACGUCCUCCCCGGGCAUUGCUGUGUUUAACACUGAAAAAUCCCAUCCGGAGGGCAUGUAUCAGCAUCGUUGAAUGGAAACCAUUUGAAAUAAUUAUUUUACUGACUAUUUUCGCCAAUUGUGUGGCCUUAGCUAUCUAUAUCCCCUUUCCAGAAGAUGAUUCCAAUGCCACCAAUUCCAAUCUGGAACGAGUGGAAUAUCUCUUUCUCAUAAUUUUUACAGUGGAAGCAUUUUUAAAAGUAAUAGCAUAUGGACUUCUCUUUCACCCCAACGCUUACCUCCGCAAUGGCUGGAAUUUACUAGAUUUUAUAAUUGUGGUAGUAGGGCUUUUUAGUGCAAUUUUAGAACAAGCAACCAAAGCAGAUGGGGGGAAUUCAAUAGGAGGGAAAGGUGCCGGAUUUGAUGUUAAAGCACUGAGGGCUUUUCGAGUGUUACGCCCCUUACGGCUGGUAUCUGGAGUUCCUAGUCUCCAGGUGGUUUUAAAUUCAAUCAUCAAGGCCAUGGUUCCCUUGUUGCACAUUGCCCUGCUGGUGCUGUUUGUCAUAAUUAUCUAUGCCAUAAUUGGGCUGGAGCUAUUCAUGGGGAAGAUGCACAAGACCUGCUACCAUGUGCAUGGGGCAUUAGCAGAUACACCUGCAGAAGAGGAUCCUUCUCCUUGUGCUCCUCAGUCAGCACAUGGACGGCAGUGUCAGAAUGGCACAGAGUGCAAAGCUGGCUGGGAAGGCCCUAAGCAUGGCAUUACAAACUUUGACAAUUUUGCUUUUGCCAUGUUAACUGUGUUUCAGUGCAUCACUAUGGAAGGCUGGACAGAUGUACUGUACUGGGUCAAUGAUGCCAUAGGAAGGGACUGGCCCUGGAUCUAUUUUGUUACACUAAUCAUCAUAGGGUCAUUUUUUGUACUUAACUUGGUUCUCGGUGUGCUUAGCGGGGAGUUUUCCAAGGAAAGAGAAAAGGCAAAGGCCCGGGGUGACUUUCAGAAGUUGCGGGAGAAGCAGCAACUGGAAGAGGACUUGAAGGGGUACCUGGACUGGAUAACUCAAGCAGAAGACAUUGAUCCAGAAAAUGAAGAUGAAGGCAUGGAUGAGGAGAAGCCUAGAAACAUGAGCAUGCCCACAAGUGAGACGGAGUCUGUAAACACAGACAAUGUGGCUGGAGCUGACAUUGAAGGAGAAAACUGUGGUGCAAGGCUGGCGCAUCGGAUCUCCAAAUCUAAGUUUAGCCGGUACUGGCGCCGGUGGAACCGGUUCUGCAGGAGAAAGUGUCGAGCUGCUGUCAAGUCCACUGUUUUCUAUUGGCUGGUGAUUUUCCUUGUGUUCCUCAACACUCUCACCAUCGCCUCUGAACACUACCACCAGUCGAACUGGCUCACUGAGGUCCAAGAUACUGCCAAUAAGGUGCUGCUAGCUCUUUUCACGGCAGAGAUGCUACUGAAGAUGUACAGCCUCGGUCUCCAGGCCUACUUUGUGUCUCUCUUCAACCGCUUUGACUGCUUUAUUGUUUGUGGAGGAAUCCUGGAAACCAUUCUGGUGGAGACCAAGAUAAUGCCACCACUGGGCAUCUCAGUGUUGCGAUGUGUCCGACUCCUGAGAAUAUUUAAGAUCACAAGGUAUUGGAACUCCCUGAGUAACCUCGUAGCUUCAUUGCUGAACUCUGUCCGCUCCAUCGCCUCCUUGUUGCUGCUUCUCUUCCUCUUCAUCAUUAUCUUCUCACUCCUGGGAAUGCAGCUCUUUGGGGGCAAGUUUAACUUCGAUGAGAUGCAAACCAGGAGGAGCACAUUUGACAACUUCCCCCAGUCUCUCCUCACUGUGUUUCAGAUCCUGACUGGGGAGGACUGGAAUUCAGUGAUGUAUGAUGGGAUCAUGGCUUAUGGCGGCCCCUCUUUUCCGGGAAUGUUGGUCUGUAUUUACUUCAUCAUCCUUUUCAUCUGUGGAAACUAUAUCCUCCUGAAUGUAUUUUUGGCCAUUGCGGUGGACAAUCUUGCCGAUGCUGAGAGUUUGACAUCUGCACAAAAAGAAGAGGAAGAGGAAAAAGAAAGGAAAAAACUAGCUAGGACUGCUAGUCCAGAAAAGAAACAGGAGAUAGAGAAGCCAGCUGUGGAGGAGGAGACAAAGGAGGAGAAAAUAGAGCUGAAAUCGAUCACUGCUGAUGGAGAGUCCCCACCUGCUACCAAGAUCAAUGUGGAGGACUAUCAGCCCAAUGAAAAUGAAGAAAAGAAUCCAUAUCCCACUACUGAAGCUCCAGGAGAGGAAGAUGAGGAGGAGCCUGAGAUGCCUGUGGGUCCCCGGCCACGCCCAAUGUCUGAACUGCAUCUCAAGGAAAAAGCUGUGCCCAUGCCGGAUGCCAGUGCUUUCUUUAUCUUCAGCCCAAGCAACAGGUUUCGUGUCCACUGCCAUCGCAUCGUUAAUGAUAACAUUUUCACCAACCUGAUCCUCUUUUUCAUCUUGCUCAGCAGCAUCUCUUUGGCAGCCGAGGACCCUGUCCGACACUACUCCUUUAGGAACCAAAUUCUCUUUUAUUUUGAUAUAGUUUUUACUGUCAUUUUCACCAUUGAAAUUGCUCUGAAGAUGACUGCAUAUGGGGCUUUCCUUCACAAGGGCUCCUUCUGCAGGAACUACUUCAACAUCCUAGAUCUGCUGGUAGUCAGCGUUUCUCUCAUCUCCUUUGGGAUCCAAUCUAGUGCCAUCAACGUAGUGAAGAUCUUACGUGUACUACGAGUGCUCAGACCAUUGAGGGCCAUCAACAGAGCCAAAGGGCUAAAGCAUGUGGUCCAGUGCGUGUUUGUUGCCAUCAGAACCAUUGGGAACAUAGUGAUUGUCACCACUUUGCUGCAGUUCAUGUUUGCCUGCAUUGGAGUUCAGUUGUUCAAGGGCAAACUGAAGAGCUGCAGUGAUAGCUCCAAGCAAACACCCGCAGAGUGCAAGGGGUAUUUCAUUACAUACAAAGAUGGCGAGGUCACCCAGCCAAUGAUCCAGCCCCGGAGCUGGGAGAACAGCAAGUUUGACUUUGACAACGUUUUGAAUGCCAUGAUGGCGCUCUUUACUGUUUCAACUUUUGAGGGCUGGCCAGAGCUGUUGUACAGAUCCAUUGAUUCCCACAUGGAAGAUGUUGGACCCAUCUAUAACCACAGGGUGGAGAUCUCCAUUUUCUUCAUCAUCUAUAUCAUCAUCAUUGCCUUCUUCAUGAUGAACAUCUUCGUUGGUUUCGUCAUUGUCACGUUCCAGGAACAAGGAGAGCAGGAGUACAAGAACUGUGAACUGGACAAGAAUCAGCGUCAGUGUGUAGAAUAUGCCCUGAAGGCUCGUCCCCUGAGGAGGUACAUCCCUAAGAACCAAUACCAGUACAAAGUGUGGUAUGUGGUGAACUCCACCUAUUUUGAGUACCUGAUGUUCAUUCUGAUCCUGCUGAACACUAUCUGCCUGGCCAUGCAACACUACGGUCAGAGCUGCAUGUUCAAGGAAGCCAUGAAUAUCCUCAACAUGCUCUUCACUGGUCUCUUCACUGUUGAGAUGGUUCUGAAACUAAUUGCCUUCAAACCUAAGGGUUACUUUAGUGAUCCUUGGAAUGUUUUUGACUUCCUCAUCGUAAUUGGCAGCAUUAUAGACGUCAUUCUCAGUGAAACUAAUCCAGCUGAACAUACCCAAUGCUCUUCCUCUAUGAAUGCAGAGGAAAACUCUCGCAUCUCAAUCACCUUUUUCCGACUCUUCCGCGUGAUGCGUCUUGUGAAGCUCCUGAGCCGAGGGGAGGGCAUCCGGACACUGCUUUGGACCUUCAUCAAGUCCUUCCAGGCUCUCCCCUAUGUGGCUCUACUAAUAGUGAUGCUAUUCUUCAUCUAUGCCGUGAUUGGGAUGCAGGUGUUUGGUAAAAUUGCGCUCAACGAUACCACGGGAAUCAACCGCAACAACAACUUUCAGACCUUCCCACAAGCAGUACUGCUGCUUUUCAGGUGUGCCACAGGUGAGGCCUGGCAGGAGAUCAUGCUGGCCUGCCUGUCAAACAAGAAGUGUGAUCCUGAAUCAGAAUCACCCAACUCCACUGAAGAAGACCAAUCCUGUGGGAGCAGCUUUGCCAUAUUUUAUUUCAUCAGCUUCUACAUGCUCUGUGCCUUCCUGAUCAUCAAUCUUUUUGUAGCUGUUAUAAUGGAUAACUUUGAUUACCUGACGCGGGACUGGUCCAUUUUAGGACCACACCACCUGGAUGAAUUUAAAAGGAUUUGGGCAGAGUAUGAUCCUGAAGCCAAGGGACGGAUCAAACACCUUGAUGUGGUGACACUGCUCCGGAGGAUUCAGCCUCCACUGGGCUUUGGGAAGCUCUGUCCUCAUAGAGUGGCUUGCAAGCGCCUCGUCUCCAUGAAUAUGCCACUAAAUAGUGAUGGGACUGUCAUGUUUAAUGCUACUCUCUUUGCAUUGGUCAGAACAGCACUGAGGAUCAAAACUGAAGGUAACCUGGAGCAAGCUAAUGAGGAACUUCGAGCAAUAAUAAAGAAAAUCUGGAAGCGCACCAGUAUGAAGCUGCUGGAUCAGGUCGUGCCCCCAGCUGGCGAUGACGAGGUGACUGUUGGGAAGUUUUAUGCCACUUUCCUGAUCCAAGAAUAUUUCCGGAAAUUCAAGAAACGCAAAGAACAGGGCCUCGUUGGCAAACCUUCACAGAGGAAUGCUCUCUCCCUGCAGGCUGGUCUGCGCACACUGCAUGACAUUGGGCCAGAGAUCCGACGGGCUAUCUCAGGGGACCUGACAGCUGAAGAGGAACUAGACAAGGCCAUGAAAGAAGCUGUCUCUGCUGCUUCUGAAGAUGAUAUCUUUAGGAGGGCUGGUGGCUUGUUCGGAAACCAUGUCAGCUACUACCAAAGUGAUGGCAGGAGCACCUUCCCCCAGACAUUCACUACCCAGCGCCCUUUGCACAUCAAUAAAUCUGGCAACAACCAGGGAGAUACUGAGUCCCCAUCCCAUGAGAAGCUAGUGGAUUCCACCUUUACUCCUAGCAGCUACUCUUCUUCAGGUUCUAAUGCCAACAUCAACAAUGCCAACAACACUGCCUUGUGCCGCUUCCCAAGCCCACCCAAUUUUCCAAGCACUGUCAGCACAGUAGAGGGACAUGGCACUCCCUUGUCACCCACCAUACGUGUGCAGGAGGCCCCUUGGAAACUUGGCUCCAAAAGCUCCGGUUCCAGAGACAGCCAGCUGGCAAUCGUUUGCCAAGAGGAAGUGUCUCAGGAUGAGACUUAUGAUGAAAAUUUGAAUGAAGAUGUUGAAUACUGCAGUGAGCCAAGCCUGAUCUCUACUGAAAUGCUCUCAUACCAAGAUGAUGAAAACAGACAGCUGACGCCACCGGAAAAUAACAAAGGGGAGGACACCAGGCAGUCUCCAAGGAGGGGAUUUCUUUGCUCCUCAUCAUUAGGUCGAAGAGCAUCAUUUCAUUUGGAGUGUCUGAAGAGACAGAAGAACCAAGGUGUAGAUGUCUCACAGAAGACAGUUCUGCCCUUGCAUCUCGUACAUCAUCAGGCACUAGCUGUGGCGGGUCUGAGUCCCCUGCUCCAGAGAAGCCAUUCCCCAACCAUGUUCUCCCGGUUGUGUGCCACACCCCCUGCCACACCCUGUAGCCGUGGCUGGCCAGAGCAGACCAUCCCAACCUUGCGGCUUGAUGGAGCAGAGUCCAGUGAGAAACUCAAUAGUAGCUUCCCAUCGAUACACUGCAGCUCUUGGUACUCUGACCGCGCCAGCUGCAGCAGCACUAGAAGAACCCGGCCGGUCUCUCUCACUGUCCCCAGCCAAACUGGAGGGAGCAGCAGGCAGUUCCACGGCAGUGCUGGCAGCCUUGUUGAAGCGGUCUUGAUUUCGGAAGGACUGAUGCAGUUUGCUCAAGAUCCAAAGUUCAUUGAGGUCACAACCCAAGAGCUAGCAGAUGCGUGUGACAUGACGAUAGAAGAGAUGGAAAAUGCAGCAGACAACAUUCUCAAUGGUAACAGCAAGCAGAGCCCCAAUGGCAACCUCUUGCCUUUUGUUAACUGCAGGGACCCAGGGCAGGACAGUGCAGGAGAGGAAGAGGAAGAGGUGCAAAACCCGGAUUGUAGAAAAAGUCAGGAGGAGCUCAAGGACAGCAGGAUUUAUAUCAGCAGCCUGUAGUUGCCAGGGCUGAAGCGAUGCUGGUUUUUUAUUUGUUUCAAUGUUCCUAAUGGGUUUGUUUCAGAAGUGCCUCACUGUUCUCGUGACCUGGAGUAACCGGAACAGCGUUCUUCAUUCAUUUCUGUUGGGACGAGUCGCAGAGUUGGGUGGUGUAAGAGAGCUUUUCAGGAGUGAAUACAACCCCAGCAUAUGUCCGUGAAGAAAGAGUGAGAAGGAGAAGGAGGAAGAGAAGGAGGAGGAGAGCCAGCUCCCUCUUUUUUCAGUCCCCAUACAAGGAACGACAACUGCUUCCUGAAUGCGAAGGAGAAUCGCAGCUUCCUCUUGAUGGCCCUAGCCAAAAGGACCCUGCAUCAAACGGGUGUCUUUCAACUUUGCUUGUAAAAAUCAUUUUGCACAUAUUCUGUAUAAGCCUCACCGUCUCCAUAAAGCCAAGGCCCUUUUAAUUUGGAAAGGAAUGGUGGACUUCUGCUGUGGAUUCCAGCACCUUGUUGGGGAGGAGGAAGCAGAAGAAGCCUUAGGGACAUGAGAGGCAGAUGGCAACACUGCAGAUCCUUGCUGACAGAAAAUGAGGAGACUCCCAGGCAGUGGUCUCUGCCAGCCAAUCAGAGCUCAGGCAAUCAUGUCUGCCAACCAAUCAGAGCUCAGACAGCCAGCUGUGCCAACCAGUCGGAGAGUAGGGAGCAAGCUCUGUCUAGCAAAGCUGAGGCAACCUGCUCUUUUCUUAGCGAGGUGGUGAUGGGCUUAUGUAGAUCUCUCCUUGUUUUUGCAGUUUGAUAUUUUCUUGAAAGCAUGUUGCAAUUUUUAUUUUUAAGGGGUUUUUUUGUUGUUGUUUUUGGAGGGCGAGGGGAGAAGGGAGUGUUUACAAAGUUUUGUAAUCACCUACCUUUUGUUUUGUUUUCACCUUUGCAAAUGUUAAAUUAGUUUAAUUAUGUUGUAUUAUUUAAACUAUUUUUGCUCCAUUGAAAUUCGGUAGAAGUAUAAUGAUAGAAGAGUUUUACCAACCAUUAUGUACACCAAGAAUUUGUAAUUUUAUUUGAUAGUAAUGGAAACCUCCUUUUUUGUUGUUGUUUUAUAAUUUAAAGAUAGUAGGCAAUGCACUUGAUAUAGUCUUGCACAUUUGAGUGAUUGAUUUGAAUUCUUUUUAGUGCUAAGUAUAUUUGUGAGUGUAUGAGCAACACUGAAUGAGAGUGCGUGUGUAGGUGUGUGUGCGCGGGUGCGUGUUAAGUGUGUUCAGUUCUCCACUUCCUGGUUUUAACUGCAGGAGAUCUGUAUCUGGGGCUAUUUGAAUGCAAAAACAAACCACUGUCUCUGCUUUUUGAAAGGGGAAUCAGUAACUCUUUCCAUUUUCUGUUCCACAAGAUAUGCAAAAACAAUGCAAUAAUAUUAAUUUUAAAAUACAAUUGUAAGUUGUGUUGGCAUUAAAACUGUAUAGAAAAAUUCAAGGGGAAAAAAAACAAAACGAGGAGGAGUUACGCUUCGAUAUAUUCCGUGUGAUGUUUUAUUGCAUUGAUAAUGUUUCUGUUGAAGAAACCGUAAUACUUGAAUUCAGGUCAGUUUCAGUAUUUUUCAAAUAUUUUUUUAAAAUGAAUUGCAAUUGUGCCAAGCGAAUAUAAUGAAUUGAAUUAAGUUUGUUUUAAAAUCACUUCUUGUAUAUUUUGCUGCAUGUAAAGUAAAUCAUUUCGUAUUUGAAGUGUGCCAAGCUUUACCUUUGAACUUUUAAGUGCUUUUCUACGUGUGGUUGGGGAAAGGGGUACUAAAUAUUUUUUUUUUUAUUUUUUAAUUUGUACAAUGAACAAAGUGUACCUGGUGUAACUAACUAUUCUGCAAUCCACUGACAGGUUGAACGUUACUGAUUUUGCAUAUCUUGUGUUCACUUUCCUUUUUUCCUCAUUCCCUUAAACAUGCACGAUGAAUUUAAUGGUAGAGAAUCUUUGUUCCUGAGACCAGGACAUUUUAUCCAGUCUUUAUCCUCUUCCCUUUUGCUGUUUCUUCCAAUGCUUUUUCUCACUAAAGGGUCACAAAACCCAGGCUGAUCUGGUAGAUGUAUUCUAGGAACAGCUGGCACCAGCAACUCUAGUAGGGGGAAAAUAUGUGAUUUCACAUUUCUUUCAUUAAAUCCCUAGCCUUUGAUCAACAACAGCAGUUACCCAGACUAGCAAAUGAAAGAGGCUUAGCUAGGUAACUCUGGCCUUGACUCAUAUCCCAGGAUAAGUGAGGGGAGAGAUUCUGGAUAGUUAUUCAGGACAAUUGCUUGAGUAUUACCCUUAGCUGUUCUGUAUCUACAUCAGCCAGAUGAAAGAAGAAGACUCUCAGCUCAAGGCAUUGACACUGAGCGAUAUGAACCCAUAGGUUGCACUCCAGUGUGUAAUCUUAUCAUUCUCCCCAUGCCUGAUUUUAAGGGUCAGGUUCCCAGACUCACCACAUUCAACCUGGCAUAAUUCCACUGAAGUCAAUGGCCCUGUGUCAGCUUCUUUUUGUCCCUCUUCUGCCUGGCAUUUGUUUCUUACUAACGACAGAGGUUGUAAAACCAGGAAGGAAUUGUAGGUCUCAUGUCAUUGCUUGAGUUUUUUCCUUGGAAACAGUUUCUGUAUUUGAAGUAACUUGAAAUUGUGUCAUUUGGAAUCCUAACUAUCUAAAACUACCACAAGUUUUGCUUUCUCUUCAAGAUGGGAUCUCAGACUUUUAGAUCAGUAAUGAGUAAGAAAAAUUACCUGACUCAGGAAAAUAAGAACCAAACCUUAACCGCUAAGUUGAGCUUUUUCUGAAAUUUGAAAAUGUUUUCUUGGUUUGUUUUUUUAAAUAUGUAUAUCUCUGUUUCCAGGUCUUGUGUGCUGGGGACCUAAAAUAGAAAUAACAGAGCAGAAAACAGAAUGUCAAAGGGAUAUUUUAGGUAGUAUCAAAUUCUCUGUGGUAUUAUAAACUGAUUGGCAGCAGUUCAAAAUGUCCUGGAUAUCUUGCAAGAAAAGGCCUCUUGUUAGGAGAUUUCCAGCCUGGCUAUCAAAAGAGUUUGCAUUAAUUUAGAUAACAACAUAGGAUCAAAAUCUGCAAGUCUUUGCUAAAGGCCUGCAUAGGCAAAACUACAUCCUGAAGUUAAUCAGCCCACUGACCAACAUCCUAAGUUUUCUAGGUCAGUCCUAAAUUUCAAGGCUGUGUCUUGGUGACCCUAGGGAAUCCAUGAAACAGAUUGUAUCCCAUACUUGAAAAAUUGGAGGCAGAUCAGCAUCAGGCAGCUUCCUGCUCUGUCUGCUGAGAGGUCAUAUCACAGUAAUGUUGGGUGCCCUAGGAAUGUGGCUAUCCUGCUUCCACGUCAGGAAAUACCUAUGGGCCACACCAUGAACCAGAAGCAGCACAGCCAUAUUCCUCCAGGGCUGCACCACUAGCUAAUUAGCUCUGAGUGUGUGUAUAAAUGUGGCUGCACUAAUUAGCUCUGCCUCUUAAUGGAGCUAAUUAGACUGCUUGCAGUGCCGCACUAAGGCAGCUAAUAAUUGGAACCAAAAGUGGUGUAAAUUGCUUCUGGUUCUAGAGGCCUGUAGAGUGUCCUUGACUAGGGUUCCUGAAAGUUGGUUGCCUUCCUCAGAUCCUGACCACUUUGCUCUAUCUUUACUGGAACAGAUCCUUAUUGACUUCAGUAAGAAUUUUGUCCUAGUAAAGCCUGGCUGAAAAAAAGAGCAAGUUUCUGAGGAUUUGGUCCCGCAAGAGUUUUGCUUAUGACCUGAGUAAGGAUUCAGGAUUGACUUCUGAAUGCCUAUCUAAUCUGAAUCAAACCUCAAGUCCUGGUGAGGGCUUUUCUAGUGUUGAGAUGUUCCAGAGGGGUAACAUAGGCCCGGUACUAUGGAAGACAAAGUAGUGCUGUUCCUAGUUACCCAUUUCAGAGGGGAAUUCAGAUGGUAGAACUCCCUAACUCAUUCUCAUUUUCUGGAAAGUUCAGUUCAUCCGCACCACUGGGAACUGAGUGGCUCAUCACUUUGGAAAAACAGGCUACUGCACUGAACAGGCCGUUAUUGCUGUCAAUGAGAACUGUGAAUGCUCAGUAAGUUCACAUCACCUCUUAGUAGCUGGCCUCAUGCUAGGGGAAGAUGCUUAUGUUGUCCACGUCUUUCUGUGAAAACUGUUAUACCUUCCAUGAUCAGACUCUGAAAAGAGUAGGGGAAGUCCUGGGUCUCUACUGAAUAAUCCUCUUCUUUCUACUGAUUUAAAUUCUUGAGGAGAGAGGGUGUUGCAGAUGAAGGUGAUGCUCAGAAUGAGUGGAGUUGGGACUCAAAUCAAAGGUUGCUGAUGCCAGCUGUGCAAGUUUCAUUUUCUAUAGAGGGUGGCAUCCCAUUUCAGGUACUACCAACAUACAAAUUGCAGUGGCCUGAGCAAAGAGCUACUGCCUCCUUCCACUGGGGCAGAGUCUGGGACAAGGUAGUGGGUGAGGGUAGGUUUAGGUCCUGAAGUGUCCUUCCUUUCCCUGUGUAUUGGUAUGAAUGUUAGGUACAAUCACUACGCUGUGGAUGGAAGCUUUAAAGAAACUAAUGGCUGAGGAGUUUUGUGUAAGCAAAGAGAAAGAGAAAAUUAUCUUAUCUUUGUCAUUGGUGUCUGAUUUGCAGCUUGAUAAGAGUACACUGCAGACUAAAGACAUUUCUUACAAAAUGACCACCUCUUCCCUAUCACUCCUAGUCAGUAUUCCAGGAAGUACCAGGCCAGUCACACUGGAUGAAUUUCUUUUUUCUUCCUUAUUUUGUGUGACUAACAUGAUGGAAAAAGCAGAACUAAUGGUCCAGACCUGGAGUUUCCUUAUCCACAGACCUUUUCUGCAUUAUCUGCCUCUUCAGUGGGAUGUAUGUAUGCUGCUGCUGCUGCUGCUGCUGCUGCUGCUGCUGCAAGGGGUCCAACCCAUUUUAUUACCCUGCCCCACCGCACCCCAGUCUGGAAGGACAGCUGAUGGAGCACCAUGUACAGAAUCGCAUCUAUUUCUGCUUUGUUUUCUGACUCAAAACCCUGCCCCAUCGAUGACUAUGACAACAACAACAAAAAAGGGCAAAUGCAUUUUUUACAUUUCUUGAUAAUUUCCAAAGCAAUGUAUCAUUGCUUUCUUUAGACUGACGCCAAUAUAACAGUUGUAUGGGUCUCAGCCAGGCUCCUGUGUCUUUUCUGACUGAAAGUUUCAGAUUGCUGUAUGAAAUGUAUGCGCGUUUGCACACAGACAUAUUCCUACAAGGUGACAGAAUUGCAAGCCAGUCAGGUUGCUAGCUGGCUUCUGAUAUGCACUUGGAGGCCUUUUGCGUCUUAUAUGCAGAUGAAAAACUAUUCAGAGAGCCAGUGAUGGAGCCACAUUUGGACACAGCUAAGUAUUUUAUAUAUAUACUGUAUUGUGUGCAUAUAUAAUAUAAUAUUCACCUGUGUCCAAAUGUGGUUGCAUCACUCUGGCUCACUGAAACACGUUGUGCAUAUAUAUAUGCACAACGUGUUUCAGUGAGCUAGAGUGCAUAUAUGCAUAUGCACAGCCUCGACUAUGAAUGUCAGGGGGACACACUCUGUAUAAGCAGCUUGAAUAUCAAGGGAUCUUUACAGUAAAUAGCCUCUGUCAGGUGGACUUGAGUCCACUUCACAUAGUAGUAAGUUUUGAUAAAUUCAGAUUGUAGUGUAUACAAAGAAAGCAAUGGUUCCUGUCAAACAAAGGCCCAGUUCCUUUCUCACUAGUUCUGCAACACAUCAAGACUAAUUCAUUUGAACCUAAUGAGAUUAUACUGCUAUAAACCAUAAGUGAGGGCAGCAUCAGGCCCAGAACUUUUAUUUCUCUUCAUUUAAUUUCUUCUGCGAAGGUGCCUGAUCAAUAUCAAUUUUGAACAAGCUAUUGCUGCAUAGGUUUUCAUUUAAUUUUGUAAAAUAGUUAAACUACCAUGUGGUAAGGCCAGGGAUCAGAGAGUUCUUAGUAGGAGUACAGUUCUGAGACUUACCCUCAGAAGCUACUUUGUUUCUGAAGAUCUCAGAGUAAAAUUGGCAUUUUCUCCCUGCUGCAAUGGGCCUGGCAUGGGAGCAGGUAAGGACAGCUGCACAACAGAGAGGUGUGCUGUGCUGGAAAUGGGCAGGGUUCCAAAUUCAAACAAAGGUUAUUAGCAUCAUACUGAUAGUGAAAAUCUCUAUCCAUAUUAUUAUUCAGUUGCUUGUCCAAAUCCAGUCACCCUUCCCCAACCCACCUUAUAAAGAUUUUGCUUAACUGCUGAAUCUUGAGCCUAAAGAGCAGGCCCUCUUUAGAAGUAAGCAGUUCUACCUAAAGGGUUACUUGAAAAGAGAAUCAUCAAUAAACAAACGGAUGUAGGCAUCCAUCUGGUUCAGCAUGAUCAGUGAUUAACAGAAGGCAAAAUCAGUAGCCCAUAACAACAUCACAUUUCCACACAGUAGCUUCUUUAUUUCAUCUCACUCAAGCAGCCUAUUCUCACUUAUCCUGAAGUCCAUCUCACCCUUGAGCCACUGCUUUCAGUUGGUCCAGUGGCUGACUGGUUGCAUCAAAGGCCAAGAUGGUAUUCUCCCAUCACAGCCCAAAGCAAAUCUGCCUUCAUUCUCCGAUUCACUCCCAACCUUCAAACACCCUCCUUCCAAACAACACUGCCUGCAUCCAUUUUUACCAACUCACUGAAGAUCCAACUCUCCAUUAGUUGAAUCAUCUCUGACACAUUACCCAAAAUUUUGCCCAGCCAAACAAAAAUGCAAGCUCUGUCCCAAACAUGCUGUAAAGUUCUCAGCAUCCCAAGCUCCCUGGUCUGUCUGCUCUUUUAUCAGGCAGAUACAGUAUCCAAUGCUCUAGACUACUAUUCCGUGUUCCCUAAAAGCCCUUAGCACCAUGAUAUCUCAAAGAAGUGACAGAAAGACAGAUGCAGGAGUGUCCCACUGUGAUAGCUUGAAAAGGAGAAGCUUUCAAGUGACUAGCAGUCAGAUUUUCAAUAUCUCACCGAAACACAUAGCAAAUGCUGCAUCAUGAAAGAGAGAAACUUUUAACACUGCCUUAAAAACAAAUUUAAAAAUGAGGGAGUCUCCCUCCAAAGGACUGACACGUGGUAAGUCAAGGAAGAAGCCACUUUGGAUGAAUUCUGACUGGAGGAGACAACGUCACUUACAUUCUGAUCCUGCAGGACUUAAGCUAAACAGCCAGUGACUUCAGUAAUUAAGAACUACAGGACCAGGACUUUACAAGGAAGGAGUGGGUAUUUCCUUGCCAAUUUCUAUUUAAUGGGGAUCUGAUCUUGCAAGGUACUAUGGCCUGCACCUCCCCAUUGACUUGAGGGAAGAUGUGGUUCAGCACCUCUCAGGUUCAGAGCCUUUGAACCUCAUUUCCUGCUCUGACCAUUAACUACACAUGUUGAUAAAUGUACGUGUUUUGCCUUCAUUUGAAUUGCUCAGAGCUGUGAAAUGAACUCUCCUAAGUAUAACAGUCCAGAGAUAAACCUCCUCUCGCAUACUUCCCUCCUCAACCUUUCCCAGAGCAUCUUCACCCAAGCCCUUCCCCCCAUCCCAGUUCAUCACAUCUCACAAUUUUAUACCCAGUUUUCAUGAAACCACAGAAACGCUGUUGUAAAUAAUGCUGUACAGUUUGUAACUGUAAUGUAAGCCUGUCAUCGGUGCCAGAGUCUGUCUUGCCCUCUCGCACGUUUUAAAAUCAACACAAGGAAGUCAGAGUGGCCCACAAGUGAGCUAGAGGGUCAUGUUGGUGUGGGACAAAUGUAUAUUCCUGUAAGAUUGCAUUUUUAUCUAAGGAAUGAUGUUAUUUUAAAAAUUGCUAAUAAAUUUCUAAACAAUGUCUA